AUGAAAAAUGCGACGAAAAACCUGGCCACGUGUUUAGCCUGCAUCCUGAGUCUGCUUCGAUACGUACACUAUGCAUACAGGAUUGACAACAUAACAAUUAAGAAGGCGCGAUUUAGUGACGCCUUGGAAAGGACAGUACACAAAAUUAAUAAACGCGUCCAAAAGGACAGUGUCACAUACUACCACGUGUGCAAGUAUAAAAGAAUCCCCAAAAUUUUAACCGAAAGGAAUAAGCUCAAGGAUACCCAAAAAGUCAAGUACAUCGUAGGGAUUGAAAACACGUGUGAUGAUACUUGCAUCUGUGUCCUUGACUCCAACUUGAAUAUUGUUAAGAAUGUUAUCAUAUCUCAUUUUAAGGUGGUUCACAAGUAUGAGGGGGUGUAUCCCUUCUUUAUCAGCUCCAUCAACCAGCUGUUUUUGAAGCCCUACGUGGAGAAGACUCUGGAGGACAUUGACGAGAACCGAAUAAGCUGUUUCGCCUUCAGCGCUUGCCCGGGAAUAGCUAAAAGCAUGGACGCCGCCAAAAACUACAUAGGAGAGAAGAAGAAGAAAAACGGAAGCAUAAAAAUAAGUCCGAUCAAUCACGUUUUUGCUCAUGUCCUUUCGCCUCUCUUUUUCCACGUCUACAACGAUAAAAAUACAUACACGAAUAGUGGCCAGUACAAGGAAGGAAAGAGUAACCCAUCGAAAAAUGAACCUAGUAUCGACAUGCACAUCUCGGAGGAGGUAAGAAAGGAUAAGGAAAAAAUGGAAAAAGUGCAAGACAUUCUGCAGAUUCUCAAUAGCAACGAUAUGACGAAACAGAAGAAGGCACUUUUGAGCGAAGAGGAGUUUUUAAACUGCGGCAAUUAUGUGCUGAGGGGGGAGAUGGGCAACGAGACAACCCAAAGUGUGGACAGUGUGGCACCUCUAAGUGUGGAAACUGCGGCACCCCAAACUUCGGAAAGUGAGGCACCACAGAAUGUAGCCCACGAACAGAAGAAUACCUCCUCUGCGCAGAAAACCAAGUAUAGUGGGGACCCACCACAAGGAAGCCACUUGACAGAUGGAUACAUUUGCGCGUUAGUUUCCGGAGGAAGCACAGAAAUUUACAAAGUUCAGAGGAACAAAAAAAACGACAUUAAUUUGUGCAAGUUGUCCCAAACGGUUGAUAUUUCCAUUGGAGACAUAAUUGACAAAAUUGCCAGGCUGCUGGGACUGCCCGUUGGGUUAGGGGGAGGUCCCUUCCUUGAAAGGAAAUCAGCAGAGUUCGUUACAAGAAUGAAGGAAGAGCGACUGAGUGGGGAAGCUUGCGCGGAUCCAUUUCAGCCGUUUCCCGUUCCCUUCUCUGCGAACAACCGAGUCGAUUUCUCCUUCUCAGGCAUGUACAACCACCUGCGCAAAAUCAUCGAGGAGUCAAAAAAAGGAGAGUCGUUCGAGCGGGAAAAAGACAGAUAUGCCUACUUCUGUCAGAAAAAUAUUUUCAACCACCUCUUGAGGCAGAUUAACAAAAUUAUGUACUUCUCAGAGCUGCAUUUCAAUAUAAAAAAAUUAUUCAUAGUGGGUGGAGUUGGGUGCAACAACUUUCUGAUCAGCAAGUUGAAAAGCAUGGCUAUGAAGAGAAGUCAAUUGCAAGUUCAGCUAAAUGAAUUUAAAAAAUUAAAGAAAAGGCUAACUAAGAGGAUAAAAAAAAUAAGUGAGAAAAAAUUUUUACAUUCGAAAGUGUCCAAGGAGGUGAUCAAAGGGGAAAUUGAGUUUAGUUCAUCUCUGUAUUGGAAUGUUUACUUAAAACUUCUUUUAAAGAGGAAGACAGAACGAGAUAUCUUGUCAGCUUUAAACUGUUUUAAUUUUGAGGACUUCUCCAAACUGAAGGAGGGGGGACAUUUUCUGCUGGAGGGUCAUUCCGCUUCCUCCAAAAGUGAAGCGCCCUGGAGCGUGUACAGGACGCCGCCCAACCUCAGCAGAGACAACGCGGCCAUGAUUUGUUUUACUGCCUUCUUGAAUUUGCACAACAAAAGCGAUCUCCAUGAGGAUGUAUCUCAGGUUCAAAUUAAACCAACGGUGAAGAUCCAGGUUGAAAAUAAUUUCCUCCUCUUUUCCGACAUGAUCAUUUUUGAUGUCUUUUUGCACCAGUUUGGCGCCCAAGGGGGGGGGAUAUAA